CUCAGCGGGUGUGCUGCCGAUCCCUGAGGUUGUGAUCCUGCUCAGUGCGUGUCGGCUCUCCCAGCGGUCAGACAGCAGACUCCUCUGCUCCUGGACCCGCACUGAGACCUCACAGAGCCGGAACAUGCGCUGCGCUCUGCGUAAUUACGCUCAGUGAGGCCGGAUCACAGCUGGACACCUCUGUAUGUCCGGCACCGCGGGGUCGAGCUCUCUUUGCACUCAAGACCCACAUUUUGUCUCACCGACAAAAUCUCCAGAUAUCCUGAAAAUGGAUCCUUUGAGGAAUAGCUGUGAGGAAGACUCUCCGUGUGCUGAGGAGGAGGAAGAAGUGGAUCCAAGAAUCCAGGGAGAGCUGGAGAAGUUAAACCAGUCCACAGAUGACAUUAACCGCUGGGAGAGUGAGCUGGAGGACUGCCGUCAGAGGUUUCGUGCCGUGCUGGUGGAGGCAACAGUGAAGCUGGACGAGCAGGUGAAGAGGAUCGGGCGAGCUGUGGACGACUCCAAACCGUACUGGGAGGCCCGCAAGAUAGCAAGACAGGCCCAGAUCGAAGCCCAAAAGGCCACUCAGGAGUUCCAGCGGGCUGUGGAGAUCCUGCGGGCCGCCAAGGAGACCAUCGCCCUGGCUGAAGAGAGGCUGCUGGAGGAGGACAGCCGCCAGUUUGACUCCGCCUGGCAGGAAAUGCUCAACCAUGCCACACAGAGGGUGAUGGAGGCCGAGCAGGCGAGAACACGCAGUGAAGCUGAACACAGGAAAACAGCAGCCAAUUACAACUCGUGUAUCGGCCACAUGAGGCAGUUAGAGAAGAAACUCAAACGCUCCAUCAACAAAUCCAGGCCGUACUUUGAACUGAAAGCAAAGUAUUAUCUGCAGCUGGAGCAACUCAAGCGUCAUGUGGACGAGCGUCAGGGCAAACUUGUGGUUGCUAAGGCUGACUACCGCACAGCGCUGCGCAACCUAGAGAGCAUCUCCGAGGAGAUCCAUGCCCAGCGACGCUCCGUUGCUAUGGGAACCAGGGAGCAGGGUGUCGGUGCAGAGGGAGACGAGGGCAACGAAGACAUCGCCAACUUCAAGAUGGACUCAGACGGUUUGUCAAUGGUGUCCGUAUGCAUUGACGAAGAGGGCAGUCACAGUAGCAGCAGCUCAGAGGAGGAGGCCGACUCUCACUCCACCUCCUCACCCCGAGCCAUGCCCUCUUCGCCCUCCUCUCUCCCUUCCACCUCUGCCUCCACCCCCCUGGACAUGCCCUCCUCCUCGCUCCACACCCUCUGCUCCUACCUCUCCUCCUCUCCCUCCUCCCCCGUCCUGUCCUCCUCCUGUCCCGCUGGCCUGGAGUUAGUCAGCCCCUGUGACUCUCAUGACCCGGACUCACCUCUCCUGGGCCCUCGCAGCCAGUGCAGUGGAGCUUCCUCUCCAGACUGCGACCAGGAGAGAGGUGACAGAGCAGAGGGAGCGGAGGCGACACUAGAAGCCGGUUUGAACAAGCUAACCUUGACUGUAGCACAGAAACAAGAUGGAGACUCUGAGGAUGAACAAGAUCCCCUUUACAUGACCCCAGACAUUUCCUCUCCCGGCCCAGCCACCACCAUUCUGUUAGUCAACAGCGUCUAAUGAGCGUCUUUUAAACUUCAAACACUCUCUGCGCCCGGCUUCAAGCCUCUGGACUCUGUGGCAGAGCAGGUGGAGCAGGGGAGGAUGUAAGCUGCACACUCCAACUAACCUGACGUUAGGUCUCCGUGUCGUCUGAACAUCUGAUGGUGUCAUAUUAAAGGUGCUAUAGUGUAUUUGAACAUCAGUACGUCUUUGUCAGAUUAAUUGUGAACAUGAACAUGUAUCAUAAACGACUGAGAGCAGCAGCAGAAGGAUACAGAAGUACUUUUCAAAAGACUAUAUUUCUCUUUGCUUCCUGUUGCAAAGAGGAUGUUUCUUGCUGCCACUGAACUGAUUUUACUCACUCUGUUUUUGCCAAAAAAAAAAAGAAAAAAAAAGAAUAUGGCUAUUUUGGCUGUCAGUCAUCUCAGUAACAGUGUAACAUGUCGACAGAUUUAUAGUGAUGUGGUAAACAUUUAUUGAUGUAAAUAUGCUACAGUUGGCACCACUGAAGCCCCGUCUCCACCAAACCCUUUCAGUCCAGUCCCUCUGGAACCAGCAGUAAGCCUUCAGACAUGGUACCUAGACCCUCGGUGUGUUCAGACAGUCCUCUUAAAUGUGGGCGGGGUUGUUGUCACUCACUGCUCCGUCCAGCACUCGCUGUAUUUCCUCAUCAGCGGUGACACAGAUGGAAGUCUGCACCUGGUUUAUCGUCCACAGAACGAGGCUGCACGCCCACAUUUUCACAACAAAAUAGAACAGGCUGCAGUGAGAGUCUCUCUCCAUGGGAUAUUUCAAAAUAGCAGCUUUGUGCAUUUAGUCCUUCUCAGGCAAGCUCAGGGGUUUAGUGUUGCUGUAGCCCACAGGAAGUGAGGAUUAGAAUAUAUGACCUUCACAUAAUCCGCUCCAAAUGAAUCUAUAUUUUUAAAGUCAUUACUAAAAGUGUGUGUCAUAUAAAAACUAAAGUGAUGCUCAAAGUUGUCACAGUGAAAUUUAAGGUGUGCUGAUGGAUUCACGUCAUCAACUCAUGCAUUGAGUAACAUUACAAGUUAACGUUCCACCUUAAAAGUUGCCGGCAGUCGGCCCAGUGAAUGAAGUGAUUUUUUUCUCUUUCAUUUUAUAGUUGUAGUUUACUGAUGUAUGAACAGAGGUUACAUAAAACCAGAGUGACCGUCCUCUACUGACCAAUCAGACUGCAGUGUUCACAGCUCCACCUUUUAGUACCAGAUCUGUGUGCUAGGUACCCCAACAGAGGGGGGACCAAACAUGGGGACGCUAAGGAACGCUUCUGUUGGCACCAUCCACAACUUUUCACAGUGGAGACAGAAACAAAACGGACUGAACUGAACUGCUCGGUGGAAACGGGGCUUAUUAAAAGAUGUUUUGUAUCAGCAUCAACAGUGGGACUUUUUUGGGAUCUGAUUCUCCAUAAGGAUCAAACUGGGACAAGCUGUUGAGUGUUGGAUCACGUGUUGUUCUGCCUCGAUUGUUGAGCGCCUCCUAAAUGUAAAGUUGAAAUGUAGGAUGUGGAGACUGUUCUGGAGGAACGUGGAGUGCGAGCAGUACUCUGAGCACUAAACUAAAGCAGAGACUGAACCCAUAUGGUCCUCCAUUUGGAUGUGUGAAUAAUGAGUGAGUUAAUGUAUGGAUAUGUGUGAGUGAGUGAGUGAGUGAGUGAGUGAGUGAAUGAGUGUGUGUCUGUUGUGUUUUUGAGAAAUGUUCCAACACUAUCCUGUAGCACAGAUAUUCUAUAUUUAUACUCCUGUACUCUUGUUUAUUAAUGUUCUGUGGUUACUGUUGUUAUUGUUUAAUACAAAAUAAGCAAUAAACAUGUGCUACACAUAA